GUAUUAUCGUCUUCCUCUGUCUUUGUAAGCAGUAAAAAGGACAUAAGUUUUCAUACCAUUUCCGGUGGGCAGAUGAAUGAUGGAGAAGGAGAAUAAAAGGCCACGAGGGGCAUGACGCUUUUGACCUGUCAGUUGGCCCAAUUCCCAUUUCUUUCCAUUUCAACUAGUCUGCCCUCACGACUCUCAGAAAACUCAAAGAGGUAACAGAGAGUAGACAACAAAAAAGCUAUACAGAACUCCUGUUUUUCCUUUUCUACUGGCUCCUGCUUCCGACCUCACUGUUUCUUUAGGGUAUUUUCAAAGCUCAACUGGGAUCAACAUCCUUUCGUUUCUGUUCUUUUGAUGGGUUCCUCCGAUCGUUUGUUUUGUAGGCAGCGAACUCUUCACGAAAUUGUUGGCGGCGGUAUUGUGGCAGAUGUAAUUCUUUGGAGGCGGAAGGAUCUAACUCUGUGGAUUCUGUCAAUUACGGUGGCGACUUGGGUGGUGUUUGAGAGAUGUGGUUACACCCUUUUGUCUUUAAUUUCCAGUGUUCUACUUCUUCUUGUUACCAUUAUCUUUCUCUGGGCCAAAUCUGCAUCCAUUCUCAACAGACCCGCGCCGCCUCUUCCUGAGUUGCAUCUCUCAGAAGAUAUGGUGAACGAAGCUGCAUCUUUCAUUCGCUCCCAUGUGAAUGAUUUUCUGUCUGUUUCACAAGAUAUAGCCAUGGGAAAAAACCCCAGAUUGUUCUUCAAAGUAGCUGCUUGCCUGUGGGUGAUUUCAGUUAUCAGUGGCUUGACUGAUCUUAUCACUUUAUGUUACACCAGCCUUUUACUCGUGCUGACAAUCCCCGCAUUGUAUGAGAAGUAUGAAGAUUACGUAGAUAGGCAGGUCGUAUUGAUGUACAGAAAAUUGCAUCAGUUUUAUGUGAAAUUGGAUGAGAAGCGAGUUCUGACAUACCAACAAUGGAUUUUGGAGAAAGAAAAGCUGAGCUGAUCAGCAGUCUCCCUUCUUCAUGGCUUUCUUAUUUCAUUUUGGAUGUUUCAUGGUGUUCUUUCAACCCACCUUGGCUAAUGGCUAGAACCCCUCAUCAGUGACAGAAGCCUGAGAGAUGAUUGUAUUUUGUUCAUAACUUUGGUUUCCAUUUUCUCUAAUUCCUGUUAAAAAGAUGUAUUUAGAAUCGGCAUAUUAUGAAUUUAUCUUCCCCCAUUUGGGUGAUUGGGGUUUUACAGGCAAGUUGAUAAUGUAUUUACAUAUGCAGCCUAAGCAGCUGCAGCUGCUGCUGCUGUAAUUGGUAUUUCAAGCCUUUUAAUGUCAAAUAAAGAUUGCAACAUUUUCUUAUAAA